UUUGCAUUUUGUUAAAAACUUUGCAAAAGAUUGUUUUCAUUGUUAAAAUGCUUAUCUAACCAUUUUCAGACUUAGAAUUUACUGAUUGCAACGUAAAACCAUACUGCAAGAAUUUAAAUAGCUUCAGUUCGGAAGGAGAAAAACGCAGAAAACAAAAAUGAGUUUCGUAGAUCUUGCAACGCUGACUAUGCAUCGGCGAAAUGAAUUGGAAGCUAGGCUGAACAUAUUUCACGAGAAAUGUGAUCGAGCGGUUGAAGACAUAAAAAAGUUGAAAACUAAGACACAAGGCUUUGUCCUUCAGUUGAACUGUGACCCGGCGGAGCUCAAGGAGCGGUUCCUAAGCUCCAUGAAACAGCUAGACGAGUACAUGUAUCUUAUUACGGACUUCAAUCUUGCUGUGUCAAAACUUGAUGAAGCAACAGUAGACUACACUCCAGUCCAGGACACGUUCGCUAAACCGUUGCAGCCAUUAGCACCCUUAGUCCCCUAUAAUCUCAUGGACGCUCUGAGCGAGCCAGCCCCCUCCACAUCAACGGCCUGCUCAAACAACUGCCCGCCAGAGAAACCUAAAAGGGUGAAGACACCGAAAGCUGACCAGACAUUGAUCGUGUUCUCGAGCACUUCGUCAUCUGAGGAAACGGUGUCUCAAGCAAAAAUCGCAGUCGCUGCUAAGGAAGUUCAGUGUGAAUUGGGAAUUGAAAUGAGCAAUUUUAAAAUUGAAGAAUCGCCGGUCGAACCUCUAGAGACCAGCAAUUUGCCUGCCCAAGAAGUUCUGGAGACCGACCAUGUUUACGAGGCCACCAUCAUGCAUAUCGACGGCGCCUUCUUCUGGCUUAUCACUGAAAACCCUGGUGAGCUUGAAAGCUUCAUAGAGGACAUGACAGCGUUCUACAGAGCGAACCACAAAGACAUGACGCUGGAUGAGGUGAAAGCGCUCAGCUGCUGCGCCUACUAUGACGACGAGAGCGACUGUUACUACCGGGGACUGUUCCUUAAGCUCAUUGUGGAAACGGAACUAGCGGAGAUAUUCGUGGUGGACACGGGCGAGCUUCGGGUGGUGCCUGCGGAGUGCGUGCAGCCGCUGUACACGCGCUUCUGUGCCAAGCCGCCCUGUGCUCGCUGCUGCUAUCUAGCGGGGGUAGAUCUACUGAGUUACCAGAACAAGACCUUGAUGGAGAAGCAGGAGGACUUCAUGAAGGAGUACGUCGGCAAACAGUGCACCAUUGAAGUAGACGACAACACUUCGGAAUCUCUCGGCGUUUACGUGAUGUUACCUUCAGGGGAGGUCCUCAACGACAUCAUAGUUCAACAGGGACUGGCUUUACCAAUAGAUAAGCCGCAAGAAGAACAGACAACUGAAGAACAUAUCCCCCCACCACUCGAGACUGACUUGGAUAUAACUAGCUGUCCCGAGUACGAAGACCCCGUGGAAGCAGUUACGGGUUAUAGUAAUCGAGACGAGGCAGAUAUCUGCAAACACUAUAAGGGCGGUCCAGAGAAAACUUGCUUCAAAGGAAAACGGUGCACCAAGAAGCAUAUACUCAAGCAUCCAGACGGCUGGACCCUAGACCAAGUGCCAGUGUUCGGCAAGUGCAACACGAUGCCGCUGCCGGCGCCGGGCUCGUGGCACAAGGUGCUCGUCACAUGCGUCGCUCACUUCGACUUGCUUUACGUACAGUUUUGUACGGAGAAACCAGACGAUGACAUCCCCGGCUUCGGCGUAGUACUGCCGCCGGUGACACUGGAGACCUUGUCGCGUGACAUGAACAGCCCAGCCACGCGCAUUGCGUACAAACCAUUCACGAUCGCUCCGGCGCCGGGCGAGUUCGUGGCGGCGUUGUACCCGGCCGACAACCUGUGGUACCGCGCCCAGGUGCUGUCCGUCACCCGCUCCGACCAGAACGUAGAGGUGAUGUACAUAGACUACGGCACCCGGCUCUGCGUCAGAGAAGACCAGCUCCGCUGCUUGGAGGCUCGUCACAUGUUGCUGCCGAUGCAGGCGGUGUGCUGCAAGCUGGCCGGGGUGAAGGAGCGGUCCCCCAGCUCCACGCAGUGGGCCAGCGCCAAGCAGACCCUCAGCGAUAUGGUCAUGGACUGUACUCUUGAUGCGCAUAUCAUCUCGCGCGGAUACGACGAAAUAACAGUGGAAUUGUUUGACAAAGAAGGCUACAGCAUAGCAGAGCAACUGGCGACGAUUGACAUGGUGAAACUCACUGAAUACAGCGUGGUUGACGAUAGCCACGUCACCACAAAGGUUAUAGUGCCUUAAACAAGCAUUUACGUGUUACCCUUCGACCUUAGAGAAGGGCGUUAUAUAGUUUCACUAGUAGAAGUUUGACGCUGUAUUCAAACCAAAUAGGCUGUCAGCUGCUGAAUGUGUCAGGCUCACUCUCUCAGUGUCAGCGUUAACGUAUCGUCGAGAUGUAAACGAAAAAGAACAUAAUAUAAAUGCAAUAACUGCGUACCGUCCGCUCGCUAUUGGCGGCUGACAGCCAUUUUGGUUGAAACACAGUUUUACUGCACCGGGCGAUUGCAGAAAAAAGUUAGUCCUAACUUUUCUUGCCAAUAUUUUAAAAAAAGUUUACAGUUGACUAACUGAUUUCAAGUCAGCAUUUGUACAUAAGUUGUACCAAACUGCCUUUUCUUUAUUUGGGUUUUUUUUGACGGAUCUUGAAUUAAUUUCAGUUGAUUAGUUUAAGGGUUCUGCUAAUUGGAGCAAUAUGUACAAGUAUAGACAACACUCAAAAGUGCCUUGCUGUAAAGUGUAGUUUUUUUAAACAAGUAUUUAUAUUAUGUUACAGAUUUCUUUUAAUAUAAGCUGGCUCGCUGGAUUAUACUGAAAAGAUUGAAUCAGCAUUUUAGACAUAUAAAAUUGUGUCAGCUUUCGAUAUUGUAUUAAAAAAUAUAUUUUCAAGUAAUUCUUGUCUUGAUUUUAUGAUUGUUAAUUCAUAAGUUAUAGGAGAUUUUUUAAGAGCUAAGGUGCUGAGAAAUGUGAUAGAUAAUAUAAUAAAAGAUAGUAUGAGCUUGUGUCGGCCACAGCGUACCUAAACUACAUUACGUACAUACAUAUGUAUAUGAAUAUAUUUUUCUUUCAGUAAGAUUACUCGAAUGUUAGAAUUAAGGAAUAUGUUGCGAUUUUUGUUUAUUUAUUUCCGAUGAUUAUAACUGUGUGCAAUACACAAAGUGGCCUGUUUGGGGAUCUAGAACGGGAUAACUUGUUAAGGGGUCGUCCAGAUUAACUUCCUUUAAAUCACGCAAUUUAUGGAUGCCUCCUGACAGCAAUGAACAAACUGAAGAUAUUAAGUUUGAGCAAAUUCCUAUUUAGUGAUAUUAAUUGUUUAAGUUUAAUCAAUCAUUUUUUUAGCCUGUAAGAAGCUCAAAUGACUGUUGUAUGAUUACAAAUAAAGCUUUAUACAAAAUUA